AUGGAACAAUUUAUUGAAAGACUUGAUACUGUUCUUGAUACAGAUCCGUUUCAGGAUAUUGAUUGGACUUUAUUAUCACAAAAUGAUUGUGAACUGUUAGAAAAAUACCGCGCAAAGUAUCUCGAAGACAGAAAACGAAUACGUGACGAACGUAAAACAAAAAAUUUCGAACAAAUCAUGGAAGAUCUUCUUCAAGAACUUUCUCACAAACCUGAUAUCUCAUCAUUCUGUCGCACACUUGAUGAACCUUUGUUAACAACAAAUUCAAUCCUUCGCGAUGUCCGUAAAAAUGAGUCAGAUACUUCUGAUGACGAACAAGAUGAUCUUGAACAUUGCACGACAUGGAUUGAUCCAAGUAAAAGCAUUGGUCGGUCGGUUGGUACGGAUGAACUGCAAACAUCUACUUAUAUGAUCUAUCCAGUGGAACAAUCUCCAGUUGUUGCUCCUGAGCCAACGAGAAAAACUCAACGUUAUACAAGUCAAGCACGUCGAAAUACUUACACAUUGCAAGACUCUUCUACGGAAGAUGAGAAUGACAAACCCAAACAAAUAGUCAACACAAAACAUGAGUAUGUGCGUUUAGAUAGUCAAGGUUUUGAUCCACAGCAACAACAACAACAAGAGAAUCCAUUCAAUCAUGUCACAGAUGCACGGUCCACAUUUUCCAUUCCAAAAACGCGUUUUCGUUUUACUCAUCGAGAAGCACAGAAUAUUCUUUAUCGAAAAUUAGGCGCCUUCAUCAAAGGUCAUCUUACACGGCAACUGUUUCGAACAGAUCGUGUCACACGUUUAAUUCAAACAUUACACGACACUCGAAAGUUUGCUGUCGACUUUCAAGGACACUGUUCUUCAACGAAAACCAAACUUGAUCCUGAAGAUUUCACUAUUAUCGAUCAAUUGAUAAAACAGACUGAAAUGGUUCUAAAUGAAUUACAUGCUAUAUUUGAGCAGUACUCAGCAGCAGAGAAAGUAUCCAUCAUUACUCGUCAUAAGCAAUCGCAGCAGUCUCGAACAACAAAGACAAAUCAACGACUAGCAAGAGAUUUCGGUGUUGAACGACCUAUUAUUGAACCGAUACCAGCUCCGAGUGCGAAGACUGCUAGCACUGCUAAACCAACCGAAUUUCGACGGCCGACAGAUAUUCGUCGUCAUGUUUCAGCUGCACCUAUUCGUUUGGCUCCAUCGACAACAAAUACACGUACCAAUCCUGUAAAAAAAGCCGCAACUGUACAGAGGAAAUCUCGCCCAUUAAGUUCCGUCCAUCAUAACAAUGAACCUUUCACAAAUCAACAACCGUCGCGUUCGUCUUCUGCCAAUAACAAUCAUCAAAAUAAUAACAAUAAUAAUAAUAACAUUUUUCAUCCUCCGUUACGCAUUGCGCCAGCCAGUCCUAUGUUUCGAAAUCGUUUGAAAUAA